AGGCGGUUUAAGAGGAAGCAUCUUACAGCCAUCGACUGCCAACAUUUGGCUCAGAGUCACUUGUCUGUGACCCAGCCCUUCGGUCAAAGAUGGACAAACAGAGAUCCGAACCAUGGUCUCUAUCCUAGAUCCAGAACAAAAAGAGGGAGUAGGGGUCAAGGAUGCCAAAGAUACAUCACUGAAUUCUUCCUAGCUGGCCAGCAGCAGUGCACCAAUGACAUGGCCAAAAGCAAUUCUGUUGGCAAGGAUGACUACAAGGAUUCUGAUGGUGAAAUGAUUGUUUCUGCAGAAGGCAAUUAUGCUCUUCUUCAGGGAGGUGAUCAGGAAGCUAGAUUGGGUUCUUCAGAAUCUACUCUGCCUUCAAGGAAGCGGUCUCAGUCCUUUGAUGAAGACAAUAAUCAAGUUUCGGGGACCAGCCAGUGGGAUGGAGCAUCUAAGAAAACCCGAAGGCGUCAUUUGUCCUCGUCGUGCCAAAGGCCUAGGGAAUUUAGACAAGCAGCAGAAGACUGUUUGUCAUGGCUCUCUGCAGAGUCUGGAGAACCUAACCAAAAAGAAGAGGAUAUUGGUCCUGAUCCCAUUCCUGACACAUACUAUGGGCUUCUUGGGACCUUGCCCUGUCAGGAACUUCCGAGCCUCAUUUGUAGCCUGCCUCGUGAAGUCCUGAGACAUAUCUUUGCUUUCCUCCCUAUAGAAGAUCUCUAUUGGAAUCUAAGUUUGGUAUGCCAUCUUUGGAGGGAGAUCAUCAGUGAUCCACUGUUCAUCCCUUGGAAAAAGCUGUAUCAUCGCUAUCUGAUGAAUGAAGAGCAAGCUGUCAGCAAAGUGGAUGGUAUCCUCUUGAACUAUGGCAUAGAAAAGGAUUCAGACUUGUGUGUGUUGAACCUCAUACGAUACACAGCUACCACUAAGUGCUCCCCAAGCGUAAGCCCUGAAAGGGUGUUGUGGAGCCUCAGGGACCAUCCCCUUCUUCCUGAGGCAGAAGCAUGCGUGCGUCAAUACCUGCCUGACUUGUUUGUUGCUGCUGGGGGUGUCAACGUGUGGGCUUUGGUAGCGGCUAUUGUUCUCCUCUCCAGCAAUGUGAAUGACAUCCAGCAGCUGCUCUUCUGCCUCAGGAGACCGAAUUCCACAGUGACCAUGCCUGACAUCACUGAGACCUUGUACUGUGUAGCUGUGCUUCUCUAUGCCAUGAGAGAGAAGGGAAUAAACAUCAGCAAUAGGAUUCACUACAACAUUUUUUAUUGCCUGUAUCUUCAGGAGAAUUCCUGUACUCAGAUCACAAAAGUUAAAGAGGCACCAUCUGUUUGUCCAGCCAAAAAACCCACCAUCCAACUUACAAAUGAACAACAACUGAUUCUGAAUCAUAAGAUGGAACCUCUCCAGGUGGUGAAAAUUAUGGCAUUUGCAGGCACUGGUAAGACCUCUACUUUGGUCAAAUAUGCUGAGAAGUGGUCUGAGAGCAGGUUUCUGUACGUGACAUUCAAUAAGAGCAUCGCAAAGCAGGCUGAGCUAGUCUUCCCCAGCAAUGUCAUCUGUAAGACCUUUCAUUCUAUGGCCUUUGGACACAUCGGGCGGAAGUACCAAUCAAAGAAGAAAUUGAAUGUCUUCAAAUUAACACCCUUCAUGGUCAAUUCUGUCCUUGCUGAAGGGAAAGGCGGAUUCAUAAGGGCCAAGCUAGUAUGCAAGACUUUAGAAAACUUCUUUGCCUCUGCUGAUGAAGAACUGACUAUUGAUCAUGUGCCUAUUUGGUGUAAGAACAACCAAGGCCAGAGAGUCAUGGUUGAACAGAGUGAAAAACUGAAUGGUGUCCUUGAAGCGAGCCGACUUUGGGACAACAUGCAGAAGCUGGGGGAAUGUAAAGAAGAUGCUUACCAAAUGACACAUGAUGGCUAUUUGAAACUCUGGCAGCUGAGCAAGCCUUUGCUUGCCUCUUUUGACGCCAUCUUUGUGGAUGAGGCCCAGGACUGUACCCCAGCUAUCAUGAAUAUUGUUCUGUCGCAGCCAUGUGGGAAAAUCUUUGUAGGGGACCCACAUCAACAGAUCUAUACGUUCCGUGGUGCAGUCAAUGCGCUGUUCACAGUCCCACACACUCACGUCUUCUAUCUCACCCAGAGCUUUAGAUUUGGUGUGGAAAUCGCUUAUGUGGGAGCUACUAUCUUGGAUGUCUGCAAGCGAGUAAGGAAAAAGACUUUGGUCGGAGGGAACAAUGAGAGUGGCAUUCGAGGUGAUUCAAAAGGACAGGUGGCCCUGUUGUGCCGGACAAAUGCCAAUGUGUUUGAUGAGGCUGUGCGAGUGACUGAUGGAGAAGUACCUUCAAAAAUCCAUUUGAUUGGGGGGAUUAAAUCAUUUGGAUUGGACAGAAUCAUUGAUAUUUGGAUCCUUCUUCAGCCAGAGGAAGAACGGAGGAAACAACACCUCAUUAUUAAAGACAAAUUUAUUAGAAGAUGGGUGCACAAAGAAGGCUUUAGUGGCUUGAAGAGGUAUGUGACUGCUGCUGAGGAUAAAGAGCUGGAAGCAAAGAUUGCAGUGGUUGAAAAGUAUAAUAUCAGGAUUCCAGAACUGGUGGAAAGGAUAGGAAAAUGCCAUAUAGAAGAUUUGGACUUUGCAGAGUACAUUUUGGGCACUGUGCACAAAGCUAAAGGCUUGGAGUUUGAUACCGUGUAUGUUUUGGAUGAUUUUGUGAAAGUGCCGUGUGCCAGGCAUAAUCUUGCACAACUUCCCCACUUCAGAGUUGAGUCUUUUUCUGAGGAUGAAUGGAAUUUACUGUAUGUUGCAGUAACUCGUGCCAAGAAACACCUGAUCAUGACCAAAUCAUUGGAAAACAUUUUGACUUUGGCUGGGGAGUACUUCUUGCAAGCCGAGCUGACAAGUAAUGUUUUAAAAACAGGAGUGGUUCGCUGCUGUGUGGGACAGUGCAACAAUGCCAUUCCUGUAGACACUGUCCUCACAAUGAAGAAACUCCCCAUCACUUAUAGCAACAGGAAGGAAAACAAGGGUGGAUACCUCUGCCACUCCUGUACAGAACAACGUAUUGGGCCUUUGGCAUUCCUGACUGCCUCCCCGGAGCAGGUGCACUCCAUGGACCGUACCAUUGAAAACAUAGUGCUGCCCAGACAUGAAGCCCUGCUCUUCCUUGUCUUCUGAUGCCAACAUGAACAUUCUCC